AUGGCUCGCGUUUAUGCUGAUGUAACACCCCUGGUUGUUUUCUAACUUUUCUAAUCCCCUGCCGGAAAUUCGAUGUCGCAAGCGAGACUACGACAUAACAAUGCUCGAGUAGUCCCGGACGCGAUAUUUUUGCUACGGAGGUAACAGGGAAAAUUGAGAACGUGUGGCUAAUCCGCAGUUUUAAACACGGUGCAGGUCAAUCAGCAUAUGCCUAGAGCAUAUUGGGACUAUGACUCGGUCAACAUUCAGUGGGGUGUUCUUGAGAACUACGAAGUCGUGCGCAAAAUUGGUUAGUUUCUCUAUUCCUCAGAACCUGCCGCUUUCCGAACCCGGCUUUGCUGAUAUAUUCCUUUGCCUGGCCCCCUACCGCAGGUCGAGGUAAAUACUCGGAAGUGUUCGAGGGAAUAAACAUCACAAAUUACCAGAAAACCGUUAUCAAGGUUCUGAAGCCGGUCAAGAAGAAGAAGAUUAAGCGCGAGAUCAAGAUCCUGCAGAAUCUCUCCGGAGGUCCGAACAUCGUCGCUCUGUUAGAUGUUGUCAGGGAUCCUCAGGUUUGUUGCCUUGGCCCGGUUCUAAUUGGUAUUACGUAUGAGCUGCUCUAACGUCGAUGUUCUACCACAUCAGAGUAAGACACCCUCGUUAAUAUUCGAGUACAUAAACAACACCGACUUUCGUAGCCUCUACCCGAAGUUCCAGGAUUACGAUGUGCGCUACUAUAUCUACGAGCUGCUCAAGGUUAGCGUCCUCUGAGGUGUCAACGCGGAUCGGGAGGUUUUUGGUGGCAGCUAACCUUCGGAAUCCUUUAGGCACUCGACUUCUGUCAUAGUAAGGGUAUCAUGCAUAGAGACGUCAAGCCCCACAAUGUCAUGAUUGACCACGAGAAGCGGAAGGUUGGUUUCACAAAUCCCAAACGCGCCCGAUGCGUGCAGAGAGCUGAUGGUUGCGCCAAUAGCUGAGGUUGAUCGACUGGGGUCUCGCCGAAUUCUACCACGCCGGGACCGAAUACAAUGUCCGCGUUGCAUCGAGAUAUUUCAAAGGUCCGGAACUGCUCGUUGAUUAUCAGGAAUACGAUUAUUCCCUCGAUCUCUGGUCUCUGGGUGCUAUGUUCGCGUCGAUGAUCUUCCGCAAGGAGCCCUUCUUCCAUGGUAACUCUAACUCGGACCAGCUCGUGAAGAUUGCAAAGGUCCUAGGGACGGAGGAAUUAUUCGACUACCUCGACAAAUACGACAUUGAGCUCGAUACCCAGUACGACGAUAUCCUAGGACGAUUCCCUAAGAAGAGCUGGCACCAAUUCGUUAAUGCCGAUAACCAACGUUUCGUUAGCAAUGACGCUCUUGACUUUUUAGACAAAUUGUUGAGAUAUGAUCAUCAGGUAUAUUCCUAGUCACAUUCUACAUCCCCCUGAUGAUACUGACGGGUCUUGGUUCUCAGGAACGCCUGACCGCAAAGGAGGCCAUGGCCCACCCUUACUUCGAGCCCGUCCGAAGGGCAGCGCCGACACCGAAUCACGGAUCAUCAUCCCAUGCUUAAACGUAGGCGAAUGGAGAUCGAACGGCGCGCAAAACAUACUUGGCGAAACCGAGGCGAGGCGUUACCAGUCUAUUCUUUGCUCUUUGUUUUCUUGAAUCAUGGCUACAAUUAUGUUUUUUCUUAUGAUCGCCUCUCAUACGCUCCUCUAUAUGCAUAUCCUUUUUGUCACGUUUUGUUCAUUUGUCUCCCUCUGUGCCCCUGAUAGUGCGGGACUCCUUUUCUCGGUUCUUUCUUUCUUCUUUCCCCUUAACCUCCUCGGUCCAUAUUAAAGGUUUGUGGUACCCGCCCAUUCUGCCCAAAAUGAGAAGGGUGGUCUUCUGUCCGUUUCCCUUCGGUCCCCAUUUUGGUACGAUAUGAUAAUAGUUUUUCGGUUGAGUUACUCACCAGGCUCGCAUCUCUUCUUUACCACCAUCUUGAUCCAUACCUCCGUUCCACCAGCUACCGUAUUCCCCUGUGUCUUUAGCGCCCCUUUCCGAACUUCUCCCCUUCCCAGGUUCUUAUUUCCUUUUUUCUUUUCUUUUUUUACUUCCCUCCAGAUCCCCCUCUAUCUGGAUGUUGGCAUGUAAGGCAUUGAACAGUUAAUGAAAGCGGGGGGAGAAGGAAAAAAAAAACUUAUCCCUGAACACUGUGCGUCUUCUCGGGCGCUCAUUAUCGGCAAUCGCGAAUAAGAGGAGGGGAGCAGGAGGCAGACGGGUUGAUCGGGACUACCCUACUGUAUCGUACACCAGUAUAAUAAUAUAUAUAAAAAAAUACAAGAGGUGUAAAUUUUAUUUUAAUUUUUUCCCCACCGGGAUUAUGAAUGCUCCCGUAUGAUAGCACAGGCAGAUAGACAAAGCAUUUAUGAGCUGUCUGCUGUACUGUGCUGCACCCCAGCAAGUUGCCGUAAUCUAGAAUGCCUUUUUUUCUUUUUCUCCUUUCUUCUCCCUUAUCUUUCUUUUUCCUUCUGAUCUUUUUGAUCGGAGGUGUGCAUAUCAUGCCGUAGCAGCGGAUGGACAGCUGGAGCAGCAACGAGGUUUGAUACAGUAAGUUGUUGCUGAUGGUAUUUCCUCCUUCACUUUUUUACUCACUCCUCAAUUGAACCCUAUUGAUCGACCCAGACUACGCACAGCAGCAACCGGUACCUCUCCUCCCUUGGAUUUUGAUUCCAGCGCUGGUUUUCCGAUCCCGCCGAGCAUGCACUGUACCGGCACGACACUGUACUCGAGUACAUGCUAGUCUACGGGGCACCCACCCACACACAGUAUAGAGAUGGGGAGGAAGGAAAGAAAAAAAGGGAUACGAUACAAGCUAGACCCUACCGUAAUAAUUCGGCACGAUACAAUCUGAGCACGGUACCGGUAUGUGCCCAUCUCCACCAUCUCGCUCGCGGUCCCUCUCUUCCCGUCCGCAACCGUACAGUACUGUAUCAUACCAUACUGUUACCACAUAGUAGUUGCUUCUUCUUCCCUACGCUCCGUAGGCAGUUGUCAGGGAUCGAGGACUCAAAUCUACGGAUCGAGGAGGGUGCGGGUUGACGAACGGGAGGGAGGAAGGGAGGGAGGGAGGUACGGUACUGGAGCACCGGUGCCGGUACCAGUACCGGUACUCGUGCUAGUAUAGUACUGUACAGUACAGCACCGUAGGGCUUUUUCUUAUGAUAUGAUACUUGUAUGAUGCGAUAAUUAUGAUAUGAUGAAGGAUCGGAAAAGCAAAAAAAAGAAAAAAAGAAAAAAAAAGGCUCCGGGUAACGGGGUUUAUCAUACACGUUCAAGGAGGUUUCACUUUUUUCCGCUCUUCUCUUUUGUGAUAUAUCUCUGUCGGGAGACAAUACCGGUACCGGUACAGUACCCCCGGGUACUCGCAAUGUCACUCGGAAACAAAGAAGAAGGUAGGCUUUGUGUAGCAAAUGGAGGAGCAAUGAACCGGUUGGUUGGGUUGGGCAUGCCAUUUCCCUUCUGGAAUGGGUGAAUGGAAGGCGUCGGUUGCUUCGCUUACAUACAUCCCUUUCGAACCAAUCCACCCUUCCCUCCCUUCCUUUCCCUUCCGCGCUCCCUCUCAUUCAGCUGCGUUUUUUAUUGUUUUCUUUUCUUUUCAGCCUCAACAAGAAUAGCGGUGCUUUGUGAUGAACAUGAUGAUGAUGAUGAUGAUGAUGAUGAUGAUGGUGAUGGGAGAAGAACAUCGAUUUCACAAACCAUUGAAUGUUACCGCUGCUGGACUUGUUCUUAAUUACGCUAUCAACGUCCGCGACGACUAGGUUUAAUCCUUUUUUUUUUCUCUUCCUUCCUUCUUUCUCACCCCAUCCUGGCCCCAUCUCAAGAUUUGGUUUCAAAGCUCGAACAUCGACCCCCCCCUUGUGCCCCCCCGUCCGACGUGCCAUACUCGGCAUUAACCAUUAGCCGGCGAUCAUUUCAACGACGCGGGUAACUUAUACUCGAACCAAGUUAUCCGACAGCGGCAGGGCUGUGAGAGCACAGCUAACCUUAAUCCACAAAAACCUCACUCCAAGAACUACCGUUUCCACCAACCAGCCACCACCACUCCCCCCUCCUCCUCCCAACCAAACAACCCAAAAAAAUAACAUCGCAAUCACAGUCCCCCCCCCACUGCUGCUCCCACUACGUCUUCCAUUCAUCCAUCGUAGAUCGAGAUACGAUACACACGCACACCUACGGUCGGGAGCGAAAAGGGGGGAAGGAAGGAAAAGGAGAAAAGAGUCAAAAUGCGUACAGACCCCC